AUGAGUGAGAUUAUUAGACACCCUAGAGUGGCCAAGAAAAUGCGAGAGGAAAUCGAUUCAGUUGUAGGCAGAGAGAGAGUUGUAAGUGAGCGUGAUAUAGCAAGCAUGGAGUACGUGGAGUGUGUGGUGAAGGAGACACUGAGGUUAUAUCCAGCGGCACCGUUCCUGCUUCCACACGAAUCGACCCAAGAUUGUACAGUUGGGGGAUACUUCAUUCCUGAGAGAACCAGGCUCAUGAUCAAUGCUUGGGCUAUCGGAAGAGACCCAUCCUUGUGGGAAGAUCCUCUGGAAUUCAGGCCGGAGAGAUUUCUGGGAAGGAGAGGAUGCCCAGGGGUACCCAUGGCUAGUGUAACCGUUAACCUUAUGUUGGCUCAGCUCGUUCACUGUUUUGAGUGGACCGUGGAAGGAGAUUUGGAUAUGACAGAAGUCUUUGGAGGUACCACGCCCAGGAGGGAUGAACUUCUCGCCUUUCCUGCCCUGAGGCUGUCUACCUGCCCUUAA